CGCCGGUCGUAAACAAACAACAUCAGGUUCAAAGCCCUCAGUUGCGCGAUACAUAUUGUAGUGUUGGAUUGUAUUAAUACCUUGGUUAAAUUUUACAUAUCUGCGAACUUCGCCUUCCUGUUGUAUGCGCCGGUGGCACCAUGCCGGAGGAGGGAGCCAAGGCGAGCGUGUCGCCGCCGCGCUGGGCCGGCCUGCACUCCGAGUACUCGCCGCCCAAGGCCGGCCCGGAGGCGGCCGGCGACCCCGGCACGCGCUCCGAGACGCGCCGCCCCCACCUGGUCAACUACGGCGCCUCCCGGCUCAGCUCGUCCGUCAGCUUCAUACCGCUGCCCGAGCACGGCCGGCUGGUGAUCGGCCUGCCCGAGCGCCAGCUGCCGCCCGACAUCAGUAUCCAAGGCAUGGGCGUGGAGCCGGCGCACGCCGUGCUGGAGGCGGACGGCGGCCGCGUGCUGCUGCGGCCGCAGGCCGACAUGACCACCGUCGACGGCAUCCGCUGCACCGGCCCCGUCCUCCUCAGCAGCGGUUGUAUGCUGUGCUUUGGCCGCUCGCAUUACUUCAAGUAUAUGUGUCCCGCUGACUACCAGCCGCCGCCGGUGGCGCCCUCUGACGACUACCUGCCGAUGAGCCGCGCCCCAGCGCUGGACAACCCGGAGUACUACCACAUGGCGACGAGCUCGGAGGGCGGCGGCGGCGGCGGCGGCGAGCCGUCGCCGCCGCCGCCGCUGGCGCCGCCCAAGCCGCCGCGCCAGCCGGCCGCCGAGCAGACCUUCUCCGGCGAAUACCUGUACACGCGGCUGGAGCGGCCGCCGGUGCCGCCGCCGGUGGCGCGUGCGCCGCCGCGCGCCGCGCCCCGGCCCUCGCCGUACGACAACGUGCCGGUGGGGAGGCGCGGCUCGCGGCCGGCCGACGCCGCCGCCGCCGCUGCUGCUGCCGCUGCCGUCACCGCCGCUCAGCCGGCGCCGCUGACCGAGGAGGAGCUGGCGCAGCGGCACAGACAGGUGGCGGAGGAACGCGAACGAACCGAGGCACUCGACCAGCUGGAGCAGUCGCGGCUGGACGAGAUCCUCAGCAUGUGUGCCGAAUACGACAGCCAGAUGGCGGCGGUGCCGACGCCGGCCGGUCGGCCGCCGGACUCGCCGGCGCCGGCGCAGCGCAGGAUCAAGACGAACGGCUCGCUUCCGCGCGACAAGCGCCUGGGCUCGCCGGGCCCGGUGACGCCACCCGAGGCGCGCCGCCGCUCCCUCUCCGACGACGAGCCAACCGCCGCCGACCCGGCCGCCCUGCGCAGCCCCUACGAGAACGUCAGCUUCGCAGGCUACCCGCAGAGCCCUCGCACCCGUAUCCGCACCACGCUGCAGCGCGAGCGCCAGGAGGCGGCGGCGGCGGCGACGGCGCGGGAGGCGAGCCCGCCGGCGGCCGGCGCCGUCUACAUGGUGCCCCGGCCCUCCCAGAACGGCGACGAGCGGCACAGCCUGCAGUUCGAGAACCGGGAGUACAUGCAGGGCCUGCCGCUGGACCCGAGCUUCCAGCAGGACGACCUCAUCUUUCUGCCGGCUGUCGGCGGCGGCUACGUGAACACGGGUAUGGACGAGGAGACGUGCCGGGCGGCCGAGGCGGCCAGCGCGCGCGCCCGCCUCGGCCGACAGCCAGGCGGCGACGAGCCGGCGGCGCGGCUCGGCCGGCCGGACGAGGCGCACCGCGUCAGCUGGCGGGACGAGCUGGACGGCGACGAGCCGGGCCGCCAUAGCCGCUCGUUCAGUGACACCACUGACGACGAGCGCGAGAUGUGCCGCCGGCUCAAGGACCAGAGGCGGAUGACGUACCGACAGCUGUCGGAGCUGCGCCAGGAGAAGCUGAACCUGGAGCAUCAGGAGUCCGAGUCCAUCAGACAGCUGGAGAUGGAGCACGCGCUGCUGGAGGGUGAGGUGGAGACACACCUGGAGCGGCUGCAGUUGCGGUGA